AUGGAGCAGCCUGUCCGUCGUCAUCCGCGCUUGCCUGUGUCGCUGCUGUUGCUCGCAAGCAUGGCGAGCAUCUUGCUGAUCACUGUCUAUAUCAACAGUAGACUCAUCGGGAACUCCUCCAUCGGUCUCAGCGACAGUUUCGAUGCCUUUCGGUCCAGGACGAACAAUCUACGGCUUCAAACCGGAGCUAAUGUCGACGACUCAGCAUUCAAGAGUACACCCGUGCAUCCAGAGUCUCAAUUCUACAAGCGCGGACAGAACUUCGACGCAAGCGUGAGUCGCGACCGCGGUAUCAUGAUCUGUAUGCACGACGGGGUACUGGACAUGGGAUUGUCACUUAUUCGGGAGCUGCGCUGCCUUGGCAACCAAGAGCUCAUUCAGAUUUAUCACUGCGGAGAAGAUGAAUUGUCAAAGAGAUCUGUCAGCCUACUGUUCAGUCUUGACGACCGCGUUGAACUUGUGGACGUGUGCUCCGAUCUUUCAUCGCGAAACAUAUUCGACACGUGA